AUCUGGAUCUGCUACGAAUAAUUGGACUUCAUCCGGUUUGUGGAGUUUAAAGCCUGCCAAAGGAAUCUUGAAAAAAGUUUCUGCCUAUCCGGAUCCAGAAGAAGACGCGAUGGUCUCUUCACCUUCACCUAGUAAAGACCGAGCAAGGAAAAAGGAGGGAGCGACAGCGAAUACUAAGGCGAGCCACGCAUUUUUUGGAUUUUCAAUUUGCUUUCAUUCUUCGUUGUUGUAACUGAACUACAAAUGAUUAUCGGUGUAAUGCGGUUUUUGAUGUCUCUAUUGAUUGAGGUAUAUGUUCAUGACCCCAAAAGGAAAAUAUUUUCUUUCAGCUCUAACCGCAGCAGCGACGACGAAAGCCCGCGUAGUCCUGGCCUCAGUGAUGGGGAG